GACGGGAGCGGCCGGAGCCGACGGGAGCGGAGCGGGGCGCCGCAGGAGCCCCGGGGCCCCCCCGCCGACGCCCCGCCAUGGCGGGUGCCCCCCGCCUCGCCCUGGCCCUGGCCCUGCCCUGCCUGGCCCUCGCCCAGACCUCUCCCAGCAUGACCAGUAACAGCACCAGUAACAGCACAGCCCCCAGUGGCGGUGGUGGCCUCUCAGUGGCGGGGGAGGUGGCGCUGACGGUGGUGCUGGGGGGGCUGGGGGCCUUCGGCCUCGUGGGGCUCCUGCUCUUCCUCGCCCUGCGCCUGCGGGAGAAACGUCGCACCGAGGGCUCGUACCGGCCCAGCCGCGAGGAGCAGGCGGGGGCCCGCGCCCCCCCCCCGGCCCCCCUGCGCCUGCCCCCCGAGGAACGCCUCAUCUGACCCCCCCCCCACCCCGGUGCGCACGCACGAGGGGCCCCUCGCACGAGGGGACUCGCGACGACGCCUUGCACGAGGGCGGCUCGCACGAAGGGCUCGCGCAAGGCUGGGGGGGGGGGGCACCACUGCCUUGCACGAGGGCGUCUCGUGCACCCACCCCCCCCCCCCCCCGGGCCUCGUGCAAGGGACUCGCACCGCCGGCUCGCACGAGGGCGGCUCGCACGAGGGGGGGGUGUCUCGCAUCACGGCCUUGCACGAGAGGACUCGCACGCCACCCGGACGGUGCUAGCCCCCCCCCCCCGGGGGGGGGGGCAGGCAGGAGGGGGGGGGGGGAAGAAUUUCUAUAAUAGUCUAUUUUUGAGAUAAAAACCUGAAAAAAC